CCAUCUUUCUGCUUUCUAUUCCCCCAUUAUCAGCAUGGCGACUUCUCCCGCCGGGCGCAUGCUGUCCCGCCAACUGCAGCAGAUGCAGUCCGAUAAGGACAUUCCCGGAAUUAGUUGCGGCUUGGUUGAUAACAACGUUUUCGAAUGGGAGGUUAUGCUCAUGAUAUCAGAUGAUGUGAAGCUAUAUGGGGGUGGUUUCUUCCGGGCUCGUCUCUCUUUCCCAUCGGAAUACCCUCACCGUCCACCAAAGAUGAAGUUCGAAUCUCCCAUCUUCCACCCGAAUAUUUACGAGAAUGGCGACGUGUGCAUUUCCAUUCUGCACCCACCCGAGGAGGACAAGUACGGCUAUGAGUCGGCUGCGGAACGUUGGUCUCCCGUGCAAACACCCGAGACAAUCCUACUGUCCGUGAUUUCUAUGCUUUCCAGCCCGAACGAUGAAAGCCCAGCGAAUGUGGAGGCUGCUAGGCUAUGGCGUGAGGACCCUGCGGAGUUUAAGAAGCGCGUCCGUCGGUGUGUCCGUCUCACAUUGGAUGACUAG